AUGUCAAACAACCAGACCGAGAGACUAGGCGUCUCCUGUCCCGAAGGCGGCCAGUUCUACGUCUGCGCCGGCAAAGAAACCGAGUUCCUCGGCUGCUGCACAUCCGACCCUUGCACCGAUUCCGCCGACGGCCAUUGCCCGAUUCGCGACCUCCGCCCCGCCUCCUUCGACCCCGACCGCUACGCCAACAUUCCCCGCCAGUCAUGCGACGAUGCCCGCUCCCAUCGCAUCUGGUGGACCUGCCGGACCAACGACCCUCCUUUCCUCGGCUGCUGCGCGAGUGAUCCUUGCGGAGAAGGGUGCCCUAGCGAUCAUCUCGUCCAAGCCGUGCUGUCCGAAGACGAAGACAGCAGGUUGCCUUUCGUGCCGGAGGAGGCUACAACAAGCAGCCCUACGUCCUCGCCCACGGCAUCGCCUAGCCCAUCAGACGAGCCGUCCGAUCCAUCGGGUUCAUCUGGCCUCCCCACCGGGGCGAUCGUCGGUAUUGCCAUCGGCGGUGCUUUGGCCCUCCUUCUCCUCGCAUUCGUCGCCUGGAAAUCCUACCGGAAGGCCAGGAAAGACAAUGAUCAAUCUCUUCGCCCGGAAAUGGGUUUCGCCCACGCCGGUCCACGACACUCCGACCUGAGCACGGCAUCAACCAUCCCGUACUCCAACCACUCAACCCCCACGACGGCCGAAUUCGCCAAGUGUCAUCACAACGGCUACCACGCCAUACAACCAAGCUCGCCAGCCGCUGCCGCCGCCCACCCCCACCGGCCUCCGUCCCCGGGCUACACAGACAGCGAGAACGGCCUGCUGAGCGGACAGCCUAGCCCUCAUUUCCCGAGGGGCCACGUGCGCACCGUUUCCGACAUGAGCCAAGGCUCGGCCACUUCAGUCGGAGUCGGCUCUCACGUCGGCGGCCGCGGGCACGUCGUCUCCGAGAUUGAUGGCGUUGAGAAGCCGAGAAUCCCCCCUGGUGUGCCGGAGAUUCUGAUUAAUGAUGUGGAAACCGAGCGGCCGAGGGUUGCGCUGCAGCCGCCGAUAGCUGAGCUGCCGGCUGAGGAAAUCAGGUUCUAG